UAUCGAGCUUCCUCAGUUGAUGUGAUGUCAGGGACUAAUAGCACAAAUACAGCCCCAUUAAGCACCACCAUUGCUUUAGCAUUUUUAAUGGGCUUUCUAGCUUUUGCUAUAAUGCUAGGAAAUGCCAUCGUCAUUUUAGCUUUUGUGGUGGACAAAAAACUUAGACAUCGAAGUACUUAUUUUUUUCUUAACUUGGCCAUUUCUGACUUCUUUGUUGGUGCGAUCUCCAUUCCUUUGUACAUCCCUCAGCGUCUGUUCGAUUGGAUGCCUAAAGAUCCAGUCUGUGCUUUUUGGCACAUUACUGACUAUCUUUUGUGUACAGCAUCUGUGUAUAACAUCGUACUCAUCAGCUAUGAUCGAUACCAGUCAGUCUCGAAUGCUGUCUUGUACAGAGCUCAACAGUCUGAGACCUGGAAGAUCGUAGCUCUGAUGCUGGCUGCCUGGGUGCUCGCCUUCCUAGUGCAUGGGCCAGUGAUAAUGGCUUCAAAGCUCAGGAAGUCAGACAGAAGCCACUGUGAACCUGAACUCAUGCUAAGAUGGUAUGUCCUUGCCAUCACAUUAUUCUUGGAAUUCCUGGUCCCAGUCUUCUCAGUGGCGUAUUUCAACAUCUAUAUUUACUGGAGCCUGUGGAAGCGUGGUCAUUUCAAUAGGUGGCAAAGCCACCCUGGACUCACUUCUGCCUCUGCCAGCAACUCUGGACACCCGUUCAGCGGUGGCCUGUUUUCACAACCAUCUCUUGUUGAACCGAAGAAAGUAGUAGCAUCCCCUCACGUCAAGAAACUGGGGGGAAAAGGCAGUCUCUUGUCUUCCAUAAGGACCCAGAAGAAGAGCAAUAUAGCUGCUUCCAAAACAAGUUCCCACUCCUUCUCGGAUAAGCUAGCUCUUCACCAAAGGGAAUAUGUUGAACUGCUCAGAGCCAGAAAAUUAGCCAAGUCACUGGCCAUUCUCUUAGGUGUUUUUCUCAUCACCUGGGCCCCUUAUUCUCUGUAUACAUUGGUUCUUUCCAUUCGCACCCCAAACCAGCAUGUGGAAAUAGAAUACCAUAUCAUGUUUUGGCUUCAGUGGUGUAAUUCCUUGUUCAAUCCUUUGUUGUAUCCACUGUGUCACAAGCGUUUUCAGAAGGCUUUCUUGAAAAUAUUUUGUACAAAAAAGCAACCCCUAUCACCACACUGACAGUCAGUGUCUUAAAGAUAAUUUUACUACUUACAUAAUUUUAGUCUGAUUCGGACCUAAAUGAAUUUUAUCCGGCUUUCAUCUUGUCCUUUCCACUCUACCGAAAAU